CCGUCACCGGGAGAUCGAGCGUCUGCUUAACACAUGAUGUUCAAGGACUACAGAUCUGCUCGAGCUGUAGGUCUGAAUCCGCUGUCCUUUGACCCUUCCACAAACAACGAACCCCUGCAAUUCAACAGCUCCAGUGGUCCUCUGGGCUCUGACUGUCCUCUGGAAAACGGAACAGAAAACAGCAAAAAGAGGAAGAGACCCAACCUUCCUCCAGAGGGGCUCAGAAAUAUUGCCAUGGACUCCAACUCUUUAGCCAUGCCCAUGUCGGACCCUAAUGCUUGGGCGACUGCCAUGAACAACCUCGGGAUGGCCCCCAUGAGCAUGACUGGACAACCUAUCAUGUCAGAUUUUGACCCCAGCCUCGGCAUGAUGACUGGAAUUGCUCCGAUGAACCCCAUGAUGCCCGGCCUUGGGAUUGUACCCCCGCCGGUUUCGCAAGACAUGCCCAUUGUGAAGGAAAUCAUCCACUGCAAGAGCUGCACGCUUUUUCCGCCCAACCCCAACCUGCCUCCCCCUGCCACCAGAGACAGACCGCCCGGCUGUAAGACGGUGUUUGUGGGAGGUUUGCCAGAGAACGCCACAGAGCAGCUCAUUGUGGAGGUGUUUGAACAGUGUGGGAGUAUCAUCGCCAUCCGCAAGAGCAAGAAGAACUUCUGUCACAUCCGCUUCGCUGAGGAGCACACAGUGGACAAGGCCCUCUUCCUGUCAGGUUAUAGGAUCAGGCUGGGAUCAAGCACAGAUAAGAAGGACACAGGCCGGCUGCAUGUAGAUUUUGCUCAGGCUCGAGAUGACCUGUACGAGUGGGAGUGCAGACAGCGCAUGCUGGCCCGGGAAGAGAGGCACCGGCGCAGGAUAGAAGAGGACCGCCUGCGGCCCCCCUCGCCGCCCCCCAUCGUCCAUUUCUCUGAGCACGAAUGCAGCCAGUUAGGAGAAAAGCUCAAAGACGACUCCAAGUUUGCCGAGGCCGUGCGUGUCCUGCUGACCUGGGUGGAACGAGGGGAGGGAAACCGCAGAAACGCCAACAACAUCUAUUCCAUGAUCCAGUCCUCCAACAGCCACAUUCGCCGGCUGAUGAACGAGAAGGCCGCCCAUGAGAAGGAGAUGGAGGAGGCCAAGGAGAAGUUUAAGAACGCCCUUGCUGGGAUUUUAGUACAAUUUGAGCAGAUUGUGUCUGUAUUCCACGCUGCUUCCAAACAAAAGGCAUGGGACCAUUUCUCCAAAGCCCAACGCAAGAACCUGGACAUGUGGCGAAAGCAAGCAGAGGAGAUCAGAAACAUCCACAACGAAGAGCUGAUGGGUAUUCGGAGGGAGGAGGAAAUGGAGAUGUCAGAUGAUGACAUGGAGGACGCCCCGGAAAUCAAGGAUUCGGAUGAUUCAGGACCGCUGGCUCAGGUGGAGGCUCUGAAAGAAGAGAACGACAGUCUGCGGUGUCAGCUGGACGCCUACAGGAAUGAGGUGGAGCUUCUGAAACAGGAGCAGGGUAAAGCGCAGCCCCAGCGCAGCGAGGAGGAUGCCACCCGCCAGCAGCAGCUCAGCUUCCUGCAGCAGGCUCUGCAGGGCAUGCAGAAGCAACUGCUCAAGCUUCGCGAGGAUCUGAAACAGAGAGAGACGGAGCUGGAGAAGAACUCGGAGGAAAAACAACAGCUCGAAAGCCAGAUCCAGAGUCUGAAAUAUAUUAGUUUAAUGUUGUGCAUCUUUCAUCUUAGACUGGAGACGGCCGAGCGGGAGGACAGAGGAGGCGAUGAAAGCACCAAUCACGCCAGCGAGGCGGCGGCAUCAGCCGUGGUGUCCUGCAGCCAGGAGAAGGAGAGCCUGCCGGAGAAAGGCCCCCCCGGCCCGGUAAAAUCAGAACGAGAGGCUCUGCUCGUGGGAAUCAUCUCAACGUUUCUUCACGUCCAUCCUUUUGGAGCCAGCAUUGAAUAUAUCUGCUCCUAUUUACAGCGGCUGGACACUAAGAUCAGCACCACAGAGGUGGAAACUCUUUUGGGUCGGCUGCCCUGCACGUUCAAGCAGGAGUUGACGGGUGUCGGGGCGAGUCUGGAGAAACGCUGGAAGUUCUGUGGGUUUGAGGGCAUUAAGACGGCGUAGAGACACGGGUUUGGGUUCCUGCUAGAAAAACAAAAACGGCCGAUGGACCGGAGGGGUCACAACCAAUCACCUGCCAGCUCUCCGCGUCCAUCCAGCCUCCCCAUGAGAUUCUAAUCUCAGAAACACUCCAGACCUGGAGAUCCUCAAGACUUUGGUGUGUGUGUGUAGUAUGUUUUAGUAUGUGAACACAUGAGAGUGUGUGUGAAUGGACCGUGCACUUGUACCACACAACGGAAAUCUCAUCGGGUAAAAAUCAGGGUUUGCUGAACCGA